AUGUCAUUUGUUCCUCUGGAUCAGCAACAGCUACCGACUCCUUCAGACACGCCCAGGGCUAUGGACCAGGACGAGCCUUCGCCUGCCUCAUAUGCCAACCACUCAACAACCUACACCCCGGUUGACACCAUGACGCCCAUUUCGACAAAUCCAUCACGGAAGCGAUCGCGCGAUGAGACUGCAUUUGAUGCCGAAAUGGACGGCUCGUAUUUUGGUUCAGUCUCAACUCCAGCACCCAUACCAGAAGAGGAACCAAUCUACGGUGAGGGCAUGGUGCUGCUCAAUCCCAAGACGGGUUUGUCAGUUUCUGCAGAGAGCCAAACAGGAACCUGGUUUGAAGAGAAGGCAGACGAGACGGCACUCCGAGAAGAAAUUGCUGCCUCGUAUACUCGCCCAAAAAUGCCAACCAGCCGAAAGUCUGUCAGACUGUCUCAGACAUCGAUUCGCCUGCCCAUUGAUACUGGUAUCGCCUCGGCGCCAGCCAGCCCACCAAAAACAGCCGUCGAGCGACCAGAAUUUGAUGAGGCGACUAUCGCGCUAGGUAUCGGAUGGAGCAAGAUGGAGUCCGAGAGCGAGUCUCUCCAGACUGCGGCGAGAGGCUGGGCAAGGUAUAUCGACAACCACUAUUCGAGAGAUAUCCAUGGAGCGCAACUUUUACUGAGAAACGCCGGCCUUGAUGCCUAUCUUGUCGGAUGCCAAGAGGGUUUCUUCCUCUUCUCCGACAGUUUAUUAGAGGGAAAGCUUGUUGGCAGAACUUGGGAGACAUGUCUUCAGAACCUGAGAUCUCAACCCAUGGUCUUUGAGGGUGACGAGGUCCUGCGAGCCGAGAGAACGCCAGGGCCGGAAGCUGUUCAAACACAACUUCCCCAGCAAUCUAAGAUGGAAAAUUGGGCUGAUCAUCAUCGAUUCGAGAGUCCCCAGCCGGCCGCUGUUCCCGGUGGAGGGAUGGAUCUCGACUGA